GACAGGCUUGACAGGUACAAGACGGACCGCAGAUUCCUUCGUUUUUGGAAUCUCCCAGCAAAGGAGAGACGAAAGGCCUGGCUGAUGUACUUGUGAGAACAAGAACAAACACCUGCCUAGCCAGAUAAAACAAGCAGCCGCAGGACUACGGGAAGCUUCUUUUCACAGGACCUCUGAAGUUCAAACAACUUGCCAGCAGCACUUGUCUCUCCCCCCCCUCCCAGACCCUGUGUGCCGUCUGAUUCGUCCCUCAUUGAGACAUGAUCUGGGUCAUCAUCCCCAUCGCUCUCGCUUGUGUGUCCUUCUUUGGAUCCUGGGCUGUGUAUGGCCUGGCCUUGAGUUACAAUCAUGUUUGCUCCCUUAGUAACUGGGACUACAGGAACUCCUGUCAGCUGAAUACUUCAGAGCUGUGCUGCACAGAUGUUAACAUUCCCACGAUAAGCACUAGUGGGACGAAUGCACCAGAAAACUCCCUGUUCACGGCCACCAUAAACGCCGGAUCCUUCUUAUUCAUGGUGUUCUGCAUCCUCCACCAUGCUCAUGUCCUGGAGCGGAACAGCAGCCAAUCCCUGCUCAGCAAGGCUGCCCUGGUGUUCGGUUGCGUGUCUGCCAUCGGGGCCUUCAUGGCUGGGAACUGCAAUCCAAGGUACCUGGUGCUGCUGCACUACCUGGGAGCAGCACUCAGCUUCGUGUGCCUCUGCUUCUACUGCCUGCUGCUCACCGUGCUGACCGGCAAGUGCACACUCACCGGCCUCACGCACAUCCUGUACCCGGCACGUGUGGUCUCAACUUGCGUCCAGAUCUUAGUCACCAUCUGCUACUGCAUCUUAUUUGCCCAGGAGGAGUGGAUGUACAAGCACAUGUCAGCAGUUUUUGAAUGGACCCUCAGCGUCAACCUGGAACUCUUUGAGCUGAGUUUUGUGUUUGAGUUUUACAAUUUCUCAUCAUCCAUGUUGUCUGUCCUGCUGGAGAAGAAGGACGAGGAGAAGUCUCUCAUUCUUUCAUGAGUCCGAGGUGAAGGAUGGGUGUGUAGGAAGCAAGGAGAAUAAACUUGAUCCUGAUUUUUCACUGGCGCCAUGUGCAUUAGCUAUGAGUGCAUUUUUAAAGCACUUUUUUUUUAGGAUUUAUAUACUUCUGUUGUUAACCCUCCUGAGAGGAAUGUAUCCAAUGCCAGUCUUUGAAUUUCAUCUCAUCUCAUCUAGGACCUUUGGGAAUCUUUGGGAAAGAAGAACUUAACUGUAACUAAUCAGUUUUGGAUCAGGCACUGGCUAAAAUCAAGUCAGCAAUGGACAAAGGUGUUCACUGCUCCUCCAGAAUUUGAAAGCACUAGUUUUGACUUCAACCCUACUUUUUAACAUUACUUUUUAUAAUGAACCAUGAACAGAUUGGGCUUUCCUGACCUGGGUAGAGCUGACUGUAUCCACUGGUGAGCUCAGACACAGAGAGAAUCAUCUUACAGCUAAAACACUUUCUGUUUGUAGCCUGUACUGUGAUAAAAUACACAAAAAGGUUGACGUGAAAAUCCACAGCAUACCAAAUAAGCACUCACCUAACCACUUUCUUCUCUGAAGUUGCUUUAAGUGUGAACAAAAUUUUGGAUAUUGUGAUAAACACAUUGGCUGUAAGUGUUUUUCUUUUUCCUGUUUUUUUUUUUCUCUCAGGCAAAACAAGCUUUGCUACUCUUCUGUCUUCUGCAGCAAUUAGAAUGAUUGCAAGUACUGUACAAGUCAUGAAUUGAUUUCAUGAUUUUUUUUUGUAGGCCUGGCAAAGUUAACCUUACUAACUUAGCAGCCUUUAGCUGACAUGCGCCAUUCACAACCUUUCAUUUUUGCGUAAUUAUGUACUCAUUUUUCUCUGAAAGGAGUUUUUAAAUUCUUGAAAAAUGGGACAUAUGACAACUUUCAUUCCAUUCAAAUCCAGCAGUUUUUUGACACAGCCACAACCAGGGUGCGGUUUCAAUGUAUUGCAGAAGAACAAAUGUUUUCUUUUUUUAUUAAAAAGCAUUUAAAUGUUUU